CCCCCCCCCCAUCCGCAGCAGCAGCAGCCCCAGCGGGCUGCCCCGGCCGAGGAGGAGGAAGAGGAGAAGAACCAGCUGCUCCUGCAGCAGAAGAAGGGGGCGGGGGACGGGGGCAAGGAAGGGGAGAGCGGGAAGGAAGGGGAGAAGAAGAACGGCAAGUACGAGAAGCCCCCGUUCAGCUACAACGCGCUGAUCAUGAUGGCCAUCCGGCAGAGCCCGGAGAAGCGCCUCACCCUCAACGGCAUCUACGAGUUCAUCAUGAAGAACUUCCCCUACUACCGGGAGAACAAGCAGGGCUGGCAGAACUCCAUCCGCCACAACCUCUCCCUCAACAAGUGCUUCGUCAAGGUGCCCCGCCACUACGACGACCCGGGCAAAGGGAACUACUGGAUGUUGGACCCUUCCAGCGACGACGUCUUCAUCGGGGGGACCACGGGCAAGCUCCGCCGGAGGUCCACCACCUCCCGGGCCAAGCUGGCUUUCAAGCGGGGCGCUCGGCUCACCUCCACCGGACUGACAUUCAUGGAUAGGGCUGGAUCUUUGUAUUGGCCUAUGUCCCCUUUCCUCUCCCUGCACCACCCCCGGGCCAGCAGCACUUUGAGUUACAAUGGGACCACGUCCGCCUACCCCAGCCACCCCAUGCCCUACAGUUCAGUGUUGACUCAAAACUCUUUGGGAAACAACCACUCCUUUUCCACGUCUAAUGGGUUAAGUGUUGAUAGACUAGUCAAUGGAGAGAUACCUUAUGCCACUCAUCACCUCACAGCAGCAGCUCUGGCCGCUUCAGUGCCAUGUGGCUUGUCAGUCCCCUGCUCUGGCACCUAUUCCCUAAACCCUUGCUCUGUAAACCUUCUAGCAGGACAGACGAGUUACUUUUUCCCCCAUGUUCCUCACCCUUCAAUGACUUCUCAAAGCAGCACUUCAAUGACGGCCAGGGCAGCCUCCUCCUCCACGUCUCCACAGGCGCCCUCCACUCUCCCUUGUGAGUCCUUAAGACCUUCUUUGCCAAGUUUUACAACAGGACUUUCCGGGGGACUUUCUGAUUAUUUCACACAUCAGAAUCAGGGGUCUUCUUCAAACCCUUUAAUACAUUAACAUCCAUGGGACCAGACUCUAAGAGGACUAAAGCCAAGGAAGUGACACGUGUGCGAUGUUUUCUUUGGUUUUUAAAGACUCUGUGCAGAACUACCUGUACCUGCUGCAGGGAAAGAAAGGACGCCAGGCUGGUUGCGAUACUUUUUCGUGCCGACUUGAUCAUUGGAGGUAAACAUGGGGUUAAAUGGAUCUGAAUAACUGAGGUGGGUAACAUUGUAUUGAAUUUAAGAUUAUAGCUAUUAACGUUUGCCAAGUGUCUACAUUUCAGGCAGGGUUUCUAGUAAAGGAAGGUAGAGAUACUGUGUUUGAGUAAGAUGUUCAACCAUAAACACUUUGUGAAUACUCGUUAUU